GACCGUCAUCCAACAAGUCAGCGUACGCCCUCUCAAUACGAAACAAAGACGACCGAGACUGGCCGCUUGUGGCGCACUACGAAAUCAAACCAGUGAGAGAUGGCGGCUGGUUUAUCACUCCCAGACACACUUUCCCGGACAUAACUAGUCUUGUGGAACACUACAAAGGUCAGCAGCAAUAGCCAAUGAAGGCCUUUGUUGCAUGUUAACCACGCCCUGCCAUAAAGUACCGCCUCCAGUAAACUUACAUGAACUAGAGAUUAACAGGAAGAAGAUUAAAAAACUGAACAGAAUUGGGACCGGAAAUUUUGGAGAGGUCUUUAAAGCCAGUAUCUACAACAUUCAUAUCGUUUACGGUGAAGACGCUUAAAACAGGCACGAUAACGUCAGCGAACUUUCUGGAAGAAGCGCUGAUGAUGCACAAGUUACGUCACCCCAAACUCGUCAUGCUGAUUGGAGUGUGCACGCUCAGCGAACCCAUCUACAUCAUCACAGAGUUCAUGGAAAAUGGAUCUCUUCUAGAAUUCAUGAGAGACUCGGACAACAAGGAGCAUCUGAAACUUCCUGCAAUUAUUAACAUCUCGGGACAGAUUUCAGACGGUAUGACUUUCCUGUCCAGCCAAAGUUACGUCCACAGAGAUCUACGUGCAGCUAAUAUAUUAGUGGGAACUGACCUGAACGUAAAGAUCGCCGACUUAGGACUUGCCAAACUAAUUAGUGAAGACGAAAAACAAACCCUGCGUGGAGAAAUGAAGUUCCCAAUCAAAUGGACAGCACCGGAAGCUGCGCUGAAAAAUGAAUUUUCUAUCAAAUCGGACGUCUGGUCAUUUGGUGUACUCAUGUUUGAGAUGAUCACACUUGGACGAGUUCCAUAUGCGGGAAUGAGAAAUGCUGAGGUGAUCCAGAACAUAUGCAAUGGCUACCGGAUGCCUACGCCCACUGACUCAGCCACUGAAUGUCAAGACUGGUACUAUGGCACAAUGCUCAAAUGUUGGAAUGACAAUCCCGAAGCAAGACCAACCUUUGAACACCUCUAUAACAAAUUUUGUCGACGAAUGCGCUAAUGAGCCUGAAACAUAUAAUGAAAAUAAUUCCAGCUGAUAUUGUUGAACAUUGAAAACAAUUGUCUAUCAACAGAAAGUGACUGAUAGAACUCGGUACUCAUGAUAGAGUGUCACAAAACAUCUAGGACAAAACAGAGCGAAAACAGAUGCUAACAAACGGAGAUA